GUCUGGCUCACUAUCGCAUUCACCAAUUUCACUCUGAUCUAAAUCUAUCCUUACCAUUAAGUCAACAAUGGAGCAGUCGAUUGUGAUGAAAGUCCAUUGCUACCUUGUAAUAUGUGCUUCAUUGCUAGGUUACAUAUGCUCCAUGCCUGUUUUUCCACAUCAGCAAGGACAGUACCUCCGCGUUAUUCGCUCAACAGCCUCGGGACGAAUGCUGGCUUUUUCGACGGCAAGAAAUGGUUCCUUUCAGGCGUCCGGUGUGCGCUGUAGCAAGCGAGUCAUGUUCCAAUUUCAACGUCACAUGCACGGUGAUAAGGAGCUCUACACUAUUCAACAUCGCCGGAGCGGAGAGUAUCUGCUUGCGGCAGACAACAACACGAUACUUUCGACACAGGUUAUAUCCAGCAAUACGUAUCGGAAUACAUCUGUUCUGUUCAAUAUCAUUCGCCACCAGUCGGGUGAUGUCACUAUUGGAAGCGCUCAGUUUCCAGGACGCGUUCUCACCAUUCUCCAGCAGCGUGGAGUCAACACUCUAGAUCUAGUGGCACUAGACAGCAGAGAUUCCUAUGACCCUCGGGCCGGGCCGGGCCGGGCAAGGUCACUAUUUGCCAUUCUCAGCAAGCGAGAAUGCAAGAGGCUGUGUCACGCAAAUACAUGUACAUCAGAUUCCGUAGAUGCAUCACAACCAGCCACAUCUCCAUCCACUGCAUCCAUCAAAGGAGAUAGGGUCGCCGUCACUCAGCAAUUAAUACCGGAGUCCCCGGCUGCAAAUCCAACGCCUUAUGACUGGGAGCAGCACUUCCUGCAACAAGCACUGGCCCAAGCUGCGCCCAAGCCAAAGAGUAGAAAGGAAAAUGUCAGACGUAUGCCUAUGGUGCCCUGGCACGGCUCUUUGCAACUCAACCAUUCCACGGGUGAAUUCUUUAUCAAGGAACUAGCAGGCGAUAAGGCAGUGUCUGAAGAUCACGCCACUGGCAUCUCCUUGCUGCAUCAAGUACUGGCGCAUUUUCCGGAUCGGGUGCGCAACCUUGUACGAAGUGCCAAGGAAAGCCUUAUCCUCUUGGUUUUCAGUACACAUCACUAAACGUAUCUACGCCUGCCAUUGGCAAGAACUAGACGACUAGCUGGUCCCCGAUUGACAAAAGCUAGCAGAGACUGGAACCAUCGACAUGUAUUAUUACUGCCCAGUUGUACUUGCAGUAACAAUAAUUUUUAAUUCCCGUAGCUAUGCAAAAGACGUUCCAAUAAGGGGAAGGGAUGCGCCACGCCUUCCCCUCGUUGAAACUUUCCGCAACGUCAACGAAUACCUCCGCCGACAGGAUUGGCGAUGGUCCAGGGACAUUAUGCCUGUCGACCCACCUACAUCCUAGUGCCCCGUCAACGACUCCCUUUGCUACGAAUGCGCUGCACACUAGCUGAUGUUAGCCCUUGCUUUCUUUUUAUUUUGCUGACCCUUACAGCUCUAUCUUUUGUUUUCGGUGCGUGUUUCUGGCCGUGAUGCCGAGACCUCAGGUCGGCAGAGCCAUCAAUGCCCCACCAUCACUGCUGUGUCUCGGUGCAGCCCCUACUCAGUAGUUGUCACGUUUGUCCUUGC